AUGGCCGUCGCCGCGGGCCUGCGGGCCUUGGGGACGAAGGGGUCGGGCUGGCUCCGGCGCGGCCCGUGGCCUCCGCUCACCGCCCGCUUCUGCAGCGGGGGACCGGCUGGGGUCGGGCGGCCGGAGCCGGGGUCGCGACCCACCAGCACGCGGCAGCGGGACGGCAUCAGGAGCAUUGUCUUGAGCGAUCCAAGAAGAAAUGCACUGUCACUGGCGACCCUGAGAUCUCUCCAAAAUGACAUUCUUCACGAAGCCAAAAGCCAAGAUCUGAAGGUCAUUAUUAUUUCAGCUGAGGGGCCUGUAUUUUCUUCUGGGCAUGAUUGAAAGGAACUGACGAAUGAGCAUAGCCCAGAUUAUCACGCUGAAGUGUUCCGAACCUGUUCUGAGGUCAUGAUGCUGAUCCAGACCCACCCGGUCCCCAUCAUCGCCAUGGUGAACGGCCUGGCCACUGCCGCUGGGUGUCAGCUGGUUGCCAGCUGUGACAUUGUUGUGGCGAGUGACAAGUCCUCCUUUACCACGCUGGGCGUGAACAUCGGGCUCUUCUGCUCCACCCCCGGGGUGGCCUUGGGGAGAGCGGGGAGGCCUUGGGGAGAGAAAGUAGCCUUGGAGGUGUUCUUCACCGGGGAGCCCGUUUCUGCAUGGGAGGCCCUGCUCCACAGGCUGCUGAGCAGGGUGGUGCCGGAGGACGAGACCACGUGGAUGGCGAGGAAGGUGGCCUCGCCAGGCCGGCCCGUGCUGUCGCUGGGCAAAGCCGCCCUCUACGGGCAGCUGGCUCGGGACCUCAGGACUGCCUGCCACCUCACCUCCCAGACCAUGGUGGACAGCCUGGGCCUGCCGGAUGGCCAGGAGGGGGUCAAGGCCUUCCUCCAGAAGAGGAAGCCCGUCUGGUCACACUGA